GAAUUCCAAAGCACCGUAAAUUGUUUUCUCCCGGUGACACGAACCUCAGCAGAACUAAAAUGCGGCCCGCGCCAUUGUCACUUUCAUGUACCCGGUAAACAAACGCACAGAAAUGUGUCUUGCCUUCUUCUGCCCUUUGGUUCCCCAUCAUUGUCUCAGAAUCCUCGAUAUGUCACUGCGACAAUAACACAGCAUCCAAGAUGCGUCGCUCGGCUCGUCUCUCUACCAUCAACACAAUUGAAAGCCGACAGAAACCACAAGACUCAGAGGACUCAAUACGCGAUGUCACUGACAUUUUGAAUGCAGAAGCUAGCAACGUCAAUCGAACGCCGAGUUCGAAGAGGAAGCGGAAGUCAACGCAGAAAGCCCAAAAUGAAGAGUCACCCACCAAGAGAAGGGAAGUUGAAGACUUGCCGAAAUCCACUCCCGCCAAUCCUCCACAGAGCAGAACUUCCACGAUACGAUCUUCUGGCAAGCUGAAAGCGCGUUCUUCUCUUGUUCCCCGACCGCCCCCCUCGAGGCGGAAUGACUUUGAUCUUCCCGAAUCGCCGACCGAUGAACCAGAAGCGAGGAAUCUCAUCAUCCCGCCGGUGAGGAUGAGGGUAUUGAACAAGAGAAAGCAGCUGCCAGUUUCGCCAUUUAGAGGUCGCGGAGAAUUGGACACAAGAUCAACGGCAAUGGUUCAUUUAGAUGACUCCCCUAGAAAGAUCGUCACCAAGAACAGGCUGCAGAAGAUCGGGACAUCCUUUUUAAAGUUGAAGUCUACUGCACACCAACAAGCCUCGACAAACGUUCCCUUCAAUGGCGACGUACUUGCACAAGCUCUUGUUGCGUCCGAUGGCCCAGAUACCCCAAUUCUUUUUCCAUCUCAAAGCAACAACGCGGCGUCUACGGAUGCCGAGCCCAACACACCGGUGAAGCGAAAGAUUCCCCAGUCUUCCGGCAGACGAGCCAAGCGAGGGGCUCGCAAGGCGUCUGCGGCCUCUGCAGUACACGAGCAAGAGCACAUGAGUCAAUCGGCCAAUAUGUCCAACCCGCUCGCACAUGCUGUGGCGGCAACGCAAAACGAACGUGAUAGUCCCAAACCCGGAACAAAGAUAUACGCGCUCCCUGAACUGCCAGCGACCGCUCGUCUCGUCCCCGCGGAACCCCUUGCAGUGUCCAGGCGAGGCGAACAGGAGCUAAACGCCCCUACAUCUAGAGUACGACAGCCUCCUAAAGUGUCGAAACAAAUUGGCCCACGAGACGUGGACGAGGAUGACAACAUUAACAAUAACGAAGGAGUUCCAGAUCCAGGAGAUGCUGACGACAGAGAGAACGAUCACGGUAACGAACCAGAAGAAAGCGAUGAUCAAGAAGAACACCAAGCUAAUCAUGACGUUCAAGAACCUCGACAGAGACCACGAGUCCAACGCCCAGAAACCGAAGCCGGGAGACGAAGGAGACAGCAAGCAGAGUCUGAACAGGAAGAUACCAAGGCAAGGCGCAUCCGAAAGGCGAUGAGUGGCAUCGACGAAGCAGCAGAAAUGUUUGGCUGCAAAAUACCCUGGCGGGCAGCUCUCGUAGCUUCGGCUGAAAUAAUCGACGAGCGGGCGUACACGGAGCUCAGAUCCACGAAUGGCAAAGCUGUAGCCCGCUCGUUGAGAUCGCUAGUCGAAUUGUACAGAGAACUCAGUCGCCAGAAUUUCGACCUCGAUGAGGAUUGUACUACGAAUACUGUUCAGCAAGAUCUUCAAGUCUACAGACAGCGAUGUCUGCACAUCAGUGGUUAUAGGCAUGCCCCAGUUGUCGACCGUCAUCAAGAGCGCAAACGCGAACGCAGACACCUGAUAUGGGAUAUCUACGAAUACCUCAUCCCUGACUCCCUGAAAUUGGCCAAAUACAUUCUUCGCGCACGAUAUCAAAACAGCACCCUCGCUGCGUCCGCUCUUAAGGAAGUGAUGGAAGUCUUGAAAAACGUAAGAUUAUUAGGGGAGAGUGCAGCCCAAUGGAAGCCAAAGGUUCCCGCUGGCGUCAAACGAAAGACGCUGUUGGAGAUCAAACAGAACGUCGACCAAAUAAUAGCUCAGUACCAGAAAGAAGUUGCGCUCGAAGAUCAAAAGAGCUAUCGGGAUGUGCUAGAGAUCAGACAAAGAGCUGACCGUGAACAGUUCUUGACUGAGGUGGAGCGACGGCGAGCUGCGAACAGAGAAAAGCAUCGCCCCUACGCCGCUCGCAUGUCUAGGAAACCAGUUGACCAGAUCACCGACAUCGAUGAUUUGAAUCUGGAUGAGCAGUUUUCGCAAUAUGGACACCGUGAAACAAGUCAACCAACACGCGUUGACACCACAUCCGGCAAGCACUGUAUUCAAUACCAAUCUGGUCCAGAGAUACCUCCAGCAAAAGCAGUGAAGUGGCACCCGACCGAAAUCCAGCUCUUGGUGGACGCUCUUCAAAAAUACACCUCCAUAACGAGGUUCGCAGACAUAGUCGCUGUCUUUGGGGGCCCUCGGGGUAAGCUUGGUAGGUACAAUAUAAACCAGAUCUUCGCCCAGGCACGUUGGAUUAAAUGGAGCAUGUUGAGGGGACCGUACGAUCUCUCUGACGGGCAAUGGGACUGGUUACUUUCUUUACCCGACUGAGAUGAAUAAUCAACCUAUUGGAUCAGUUAUGAGUCUGAAAUGGGCGAGCGGACGACGAGAUUUUACGAUUAACGGAUUAAAGAUACCCCUGUAGCAUGUUUAGACCCAUCUGGGCAGGAAAUCGGAUUACUCUGUUG